CUGCUGCAUUUGGAAACUGACUUCAUGGACCAUCUGAACUUGGUGUGUAAGCGAAACAGCGAAGCAUAUAGCGAUAGACUUCUUCGUCCUUUCGAUGUGAAUCUCUUUGGAUUUACGGGGCUCCAUGAAUUAAGGACGCUACUUUUCAAGCUGAACGAUGACUUGCAUUACCUGCCGGAUGCUGUAUUCAUCCUGCGUAUUUUCGGAGGCAGUGAAUAUAAGUGCAAGCAUAUUGUAAAGUGGAUAAUUCUUCCCGAAAGUUUUCUAUCUACGUUGAAGUGCAAGCGUCAUGAUCAAAUGCAGAUGGAGAGGGGAAACGCCAAUACGACGCGCGACGUGACGAGAGGUGAGGCGUCGCAGAUUAUGCUUCGUGUACAACUAUUCCUAGCAAUGUUAUUACAUGUGUUUGCACAUGCGCAUAUUUUGCAACUCGAUAUCCAUCCUAACGUAACCCGGGUGAUAUCUUUGCGGUGGUGGGUCCAACUUGUACAACUCUGUAGGCGGUGAAAUUGGCUCAAACCGCAACGUCUGAGGCUGCCGAUCCAUUCAUCACGAAGAUUCUAUCUGCGCGCUGUAUCUUUGACAUAUGUAUCCAACGCGUAGGAAUCUAUUUAUGUAAACACACACAUAUGUAUACAUAUAUAUUAUAUAUAUGCACGUAUCAAUGUGCAGUACUCGUUUGUUUACUCGCAGAUAGGCGGCCUGUUAAAAAGUGCACCGAUUCGAAAUUGGCCCGCGGUCAUUUAUAACCUCGUGUUAUACGUGGGCAUGAUAGAUUUUAUCUCCUAAUUACAGUAGAGCAAAUAGGCGUCGUAUUAAUACGAUGUGAUUAUAUGAAAACGAAACAAUGUGUACAUUUCAUAUGUAUACUCUCUAGUCGAUGCAGGUGGGGAUGCAUAAACAUGUUUGUUUGCCAACGGGGAUCGAGUCGGUAAUUCUAAUACGCAGUGGCGUUUUACACCAGAUCGUUAUAGCUGUGGAAUUUGUUAGAGUGUCGUUUAGAUUGAUCUAUUAUUUUUACACGAAAAAUCAUCAAAGCUUGUAUACGUAUGCACUAUUAUGCACGAAGGUAAAUAAAUUUGUAAAAUUAAGGCGUACUUGAGCGAUAUCCAGUCACGCGGCGUACCUAUA